AUGACUUUGUUUCGGUUGACUCCCUUUUCCCGCUUUCUUCCUCAACCUCUUCCUCUGAUGAACGGUUCGAUCGUCCCAUGGCUUCUUCUUGCGAUAUCCACGAUCUCAAUCUUCUCUGAUGUUGCUAUGGCUUCAGCGUCCUCCCAGUGUCUUGGCGUGGACCAGAGAUCGUUGUUGCUCGAGCUGAGAAACAGUCUCGUCUUCGACAGCUUUGUGUCGUCCAAGCUAGUACACUGGGACCAAGGCGCCGAUUCAUGGAGUGGCGUGACGUGCGAGGACGGCCUCGUGGUCGGUCUCGAUUUGAGCAAAGAGUCAAUCUCUAGUGGAAUUGAUGAUUCGUCGAGCCUCUUCAGGCUCGAGUUCCUUCAGAGCCUGAACUUGGCAUUCAACGACUUCAACUCCAUGAUGAUUCCAUUGGGCCUUGCAAAUCUCAGCCGCUUGGCAUAUCUCAACUUGUCCAAUGCUGGAUUCACUGGGCAUAUUCCUGGGGAGCUUUCACGCCUGACAAAGCUACGUACUCUUGAUCUCAGUUGGGCUUGGCUGAACCCUAAGAAGCCCAAUUUAAGGUCGAUGAUUGGGGAUUUAGGGGAGUUAAGGGAGUUGUACCUUGAUGGGGUUGAUGUGUUUGCUGAGGGAAGUGAUAAUGUAGAGACAGAUGAGCUUUUGUUUUAUUUUGAGGCAAUAGCUAGUUCGGAAUCAUCGUAG